UUUCAACGUCGUAAUGGAUCCGUACAAAACCUAUGUUCCAUUGACGUGUUCUUAGUAUGAAGGUAUUUAUCACCGUGCAUGUGACAUGGGUUCCGCCGUCUUUAACAAACGACACAACGUUAAAACACGAAGGUUUAAUGCGUGCGUGUGUUCGUAUUCAAACUAAGUUUAAUAACAUCUCCGAAUAAAAUAAGAGUAUUAUUGCACGAACAGUAUUUCAUUUUUGGUCAAACUAUCGUGCUUCACAAUAACUUAUUUCAACAACAAAAAAUAAUAAUAAUAAUUGUCAGUGUUAUUGUGUGCAGAUAAGAGCCACUGAUUUCAGUUUUGAAACAAUAUCUACACGUUUUGAAAGGAAUUCAAAAUAUUCCAUAGGUAAAAUGGUUUCUAAUUUUAUGAUUAACUUAACACCUCGAUACUCUGAAAACUAAUUGCCAUAUAUUUGAGAAGGGAACGUGUCCGCUAAAUUCACCAAUGUAUCUGGUUCCUAACAUAUUUUUUUAAAGAAAACAAAACAUUUUUUUAAUUUUUUUUUUCAUCAGAACUGAUGGGUGUCCAAAAUUUUAUAAAAAAUGCCCUUCUCAAAGAUACAUUUUAAUUUAAUUUUGUUUCACUCCUUUGUAAAAGGAGGGAUAGAACAAUACUUAUUAAUAUUUGUUUAAAGAUGAUCUGUUCCUCCUUUCUUUUCCAUUUUCCAGAAUUAAAAAAAGUAAAUUGUACACACGAGAGUGGCAUGCGAAGGAACAAACCUUGGCCUAAAUAACGUAGAGAUUUUUAAAAAAAAAGGAUUUUUAAAAAAGGCAUAUUACACACAUACGUUUUUUUUUUUUGUUUUUUUUUUUUUUUUUUUUUUUUAUUUUUGGUUAACCGUAUUGGUCUUGAGCCCAAACAAAGCACUAACUAGUGGGAGAUUUAUUUAACAGCAUCCAGCUCUCUCAGAUUUAUUCAGAAAUUCAAUCUACUAUUGUCGAAAAAAAAACGUAUUUAUUUUUUAAAAUAAUAAUUGAAAGACACCAAAAGAUUUUUAAAAAGAAAAAAGAUACAAAGGCAAAAGCCAAAUAUCUAAAUCAAAAUGUUGAAAAUAUUCCAAUUGUUGGCAAUCGUAGCGAUGGUGCAGUAUUUGGUAAUUCAAGCCGAUGGAAGACCACGACACUACUUGGAGGGUGAGAAAUUAUUAUUAUUAUUUUUUAUUUGUCUCAAUUUUUUUUCUUCAGUUUUUUGAUUAAAGGUCAUUGGCAUCUCUGCAAAUUUUAUCCUCGUUGUGGCAACAUUUAGCCUCAUUAUGGCAAACUUCAUCCUCGUUGUGGCAACAUUUAGCCUCAUUGUGGCAAACUUCAUCCUCGUUGUGGCAACAUUUAGCCUCAUUGUGGCAAACCAUCCUCGUUGUGGCAACAUUUAGCCUCUCUGUGGAGACAUUCAGCCUUGUUGUGGCAACAUUGUGGUCGAUAUUGGAUGAAAACACCAAACUGUUGUGUAGAAAUUCAAAGAAAUGAACGAUGGAACUAGUCUAGCGUGAAGAGAAAUGCAAAUAAUGUCCAUCCUCUUUGCCUAACGUUCACCUUUUCUCCCGCCAUAUUGUGGUCUGGUCACGUGGUUUCGCCAUUCCCUCAAUCCUGGCUGGCACCAACAGUAGUUUGUCGCGAUGGCUUCGGUUAUAAACCAGCUAGACAAUCAUUCCACUGUUCACUCGUUUUUGAAAAGUUGUUGUUUCUUCAAGGAUUUUAAAAAUUUUACUUUAUAACAAAAAUCCCCAAAUAGUUGGAUUUACGUUUAAGUUGGAUUUUCGUUUAAGUUGGAUUUAAGUUUAAGUUGGAUUUAAGUUGGAUUUAAGUUUAAGUUGGAUUUAAGUUUAAGUUGGAUUUAAGUUUAAGUUGGAUUUACGUUUAAGUUGGAUUUAAGUUUAAGUUGGAUUUACGUUUAAGUUGGAUUUAAGUUUAAGUUGGAUUUACGUUUAAGUUGGAUUUAAGUUUAAGUUGGAUUUACGUUUAAGUUGGAUUUAAGUUUAAGUUGGAUUUAAGUUUAAGUUGGAUUUAAGUUUAAGUUGGAUUUAAGUUUAAGUUGGAUUUAAGUUGGACUUAGUUUGAUUUGUAAAAAUACAUUUUGAAAAACAUAUUUUUGGUAUUAAUUUUUUUUUUAAAAUAUAUAUAUUUAAUGACCUCAUUUGAUAUAUAUUUAUUCUUGAGGAAAGGUCAUUAUUUAUAUUUUUUUUUCAGUUAGUUCAAAGGUCCAGCUCAACCAAGAAAUAUUUAACAGUGCAGUUGAAGUGGAUUUAUUCAAUGAAGAUGGUUAGUAACAUAAAUACGUGACUCGCUGGGUGUGUUGUGUUACAGGGAGGGGCAGAGAAAGAGAGAGAGAAUGCAAGAGAAUUGAAAUAAUAAUGAGAUAGAAGAGAGGAAUACAGAGGAGUGAAAAUCAAAACUUAUAUAAAUAAACAAGAUUAAUGGGGAAAAGCUUAACACCAAAGACAAGAGGCAGACAAAUGAAGGGAGACCAUGGGAAACAGAUGAAUGAAGGAAGGCAACGUACAAAAAGAUAAAUUAAUUUAAAGAAGAGUGAUUAAAAAGCGAAUGCGAUGAGCUGAUGUGUUAUUCUGUUUGUUGUUGUUCUUCUUCUUUAUAUUAAUUGCCCACUUUCAACUUAUUGAUCAUUCUGGCUCCUAUACAUGUAGAGGGGGUUUGGAAUGUUUAUGUGUGUCUGGCGUUGACGAGGAUACUUCACGGGCUGCAAGGGCCAAUGAGUGAUGGUAUCAUGAACUGUGGGUUGGAAGGGUCAACAUGACAUGCAGUGAAACAAAAAUAAUCGUUCAUGUCUUUAUUCUUAAAACGUGUAGUAUUUCUUAAAAACAACAACUUAUUUUCUGAUUUCUGACACCGUAAAAAUGGUAUUGGAUAUGUUUUAUGUAUAUUUUAAAUAUAAAUAGACGGCUACAACGCUUUAUGGAAAUUAUCUUGAAUUUUUCCAGCAUGUUCUUGCAACACAAUGUGGUUUAAUUUUAACUUUUUUUUUUUUUUCCUUAACACAGAUAACAGGACAGGAGAGAUAAAAGACAACAUGAUUCCAUUUUUAUACAGACGUAAGUGGGCGUAAGUGAUUAUAAGAGAAUGUCUGAGAAGUAAGUGAAUGUGCUUAAGAGAAUAUAAGUCAAUGUCGUUGACUUUAGGUGAACGUAAGUAAACGUAAGGUAACGUUUGUGAACAUAAGUGAAUAUAAGGGAAUAUAAGUAAACGUAAUUGAAGGUAGCUAGAAUAAUCAAUAAAUUGAUCGUGGGCGCUAAGAAAUGUAGAAAAAAAAUAAAUAAAAAGGUAUGUAAACGUAAGUGAACAAAGGUAAAUGUAGGUGAAUGUAAUUGAAUUUUAGUGAACAUAAGUGAAUGUAUGUGAACCGAAGUGCCAGUAGCGAUAAAAGCCUCAGAAACACAGACAUAUAACCUUAAGGUUUUGUAGAGGCACACAACACAAAGGGUGUGUAGAGGCACACAACACAAAGGGUGUGUAGAGGCACACAACACAAAGGGUGUGUAGAGGCACACAACACAAAGGGUGUGUAGAGGCACACAACACAAAGGGUGUGUAGAGGCACACAACACAAAGGGUGUGUAGAGACACACAACACAAAGGGUGUGUAGAGGCACACAACACAAGGGUUUGUAGAGGCACACAACACAAAGGGUGUGUAGAGGCACACAACACAAAGGGUGUGUAGAGGCACACAACACAAAGGGUGUGUAGAGGCACACAACACAAAGGGUGUGUAGAGGCACACAACACAAGGGUGUGUAGAAGCACGUAACACAAAGGUGUGUGUAGAGGCACACACCACUUAGUGUGUGUAGAGGAGUCUUGUCUUGAAGUGACCACUGGCAUGUCUUGGCUAUUUUAUCUACAAUGGUAACUCAUCUGAUAGUCAAAGACCAGGCUGGUUUGUAACCAUCCCUGGUGUCUCAAGUCGUGAUGAACUCACCCACAUCUCCAUGUCUCUACUCAAUGGCAAGUAAGGUUUCGUGACCAGUUCUAUUUUGAGACAUCACAGGUAGAUUAAAUCUCAUCAUUAGAAAAUGUCGGUGAAUCUUGAACUGUCAAUAAACGUAUUUGUUGUUUAGUUUUAUCACAUUUUUUAAGUUUUAUUUUUUUAUUUUUAUCGAUGUGAGUGUUCAUUCACAAAGUUUCAAUGACAAAUGUAGGUACAAAUAUUUUUUAAAGAGUAGUUGAAGGCGGUCUGAUGUCCAUUUGCGUUAUCUCUCCAUAAUAAUAAUAAAUUUACCUGUUACUUAAUCUUUCCUUUAAAAGAAGAAGAGUGGCUAGUUUAUUUCAGAGAGGCUUAAAGUUUGAAUGUGGGGAAGGGGGCACGACCACAAAUUGGAACGAAGGCGUUUAUUUAAAAGAUAUUUACAUAAUUUAAUCUUAAUUUUGAUCAUUUGAGGUCGUUAGUCAUAAGUGGUGAGGUAUGGUGUGUCCAAAAUGGUGUGGUAUGGUGUGUCCAAAGUGGUGAGGUAUGGUGUGUCCAAAGUGGUGAGGUAUGGUGUGUCCAAAGUGGUGAGGUAUGGUGUGUCCAAAGUGGUGAGGUAUGGUGUGUCCAAAGUGGUGAGGUAUGGUGUGCUAUAAUUGGGGAGAUGUCUGUCAUUAUGAAGGAUGCUGGGAAAUGUGUUUUGAUAGAUGCGUUCCAGAUAAUGUUUCGGUUUCAAAGGAAGCAUUUCGAACCAUAGGAAAUGCCUGGAGGCGAAGAACGGGGUUGUGCGGGAAAGGUUUGAUGGGACGUCACGUGUUGUUUGUGUUCCGUCGGGAACUCAGCGAGGCAUACCUUGCAACUCAUUAGUCAGGAGAUGGAAGCGCAACGAAGUGGCUCUGCUUUGGCACGUACCUCGCUGCUACAACUCAUUAGUCAGGAGAUGGACGCGCAAAGACGUGGCUCUGCUUUGGCACGUACCUCGCUGCUACAACUCAUUAGUCAGGAGAUGGACGCGCAACGACGUGGCUCUGCUUUGGCACGUACCUCGCUGCUACAACUCAUUAGUCAGGAGAUGGACGGGCAACGAUGUGGCUCUGCUUUGGCACGUACCUCGCUGCUACAACUCAUUAGUCAGGAGAUGGACGCGCAACGACGUGGCUCUGCUUUGGCACGUACCUCGCUGCUACAACUCAGUAGUCAGGAGAUGGACUCGCAUUGAUUUGGCUCUGCCGGGGCACGGAACUCGCUGCUACAACUCAUUAGUCAGGAGAUGGACGCGCAACGACGUGGCUCUGCUUUAGCACGUACCUCGCUGCUACAACUCAUUAGUCAGGAGAUGGACGACUCUGCUUUGGCACGUACCUCGCUGCUACAACUCAUUAGUCAGGAGAUGGACGCGCAACGACGUGGCUCUGCUUUGGCACGUACCUCGCUGCUACAACUCAUUAGUCAGGAGAUGGACGCGCAACGAUGUGGCUCUGCUUUGGCACGUACCUCGCUGCUACAACUCAUUAGUCAGGAGAUGGACGCGCAACGACGUGGCUUUGCUUUGGCACGUACCUCGCUGCUACAACUCAGUAGUCAGGAGAUGGACUCACAUUGAUGUGGCUCUGCCGGGGCACGGAACUCGCUGCUACAACUCAUUAGUCAGGAGAUGGACGCUCAACGACGUGGCUCUGCUUUAGCACGUACCUCGCUGCUACAACUCAUUAGUCAGGAGAUGGACGCGCAACGACGUGGCUCUGCUUUGGCACGUACCUCGCUGCUACAACUCAUUAGUCAGGAGAUGGACGCGCAACGACAUGGCUCUGCCGGGGCACGUACCUCGCUGCUACAACUCAUUAGUUAGGAGAUGGACGCGCAACGACGUGGCUCUGCUUUGGCACGUACCUCGCUGCUACAACUCAUUAGUCAGGAGAUGGACGCGCAACGACGUGGCUCUGCUUUGGCACGUACCUCGCUGCUACAACUCAUUAGUCAGGAGAUGGACGCGCAACGACGUGGCUCUGCUUUGGCACGUACCUCGCUGCUACAACUCAUUAGUCAGGAGAUGGACGCGCAACGACGUGGCUCUGCUUUGGCACGUACCUCGCUGCUACAACUCAUUAGUCAGGAGAUGGACGCGCAACGACGUGGCUCUGCUUUGGCACGUACCUCGCUGCUACAACUCAUUAGUCAGGAGAUGGACGCGCAACGACGUGGCUCUGCUUUGGCACGUACCUCGCUGCUACAACUCAUUAGUCAGGAGAUGGACGCGCAACGACGUGGCUCUGCUUUGGCACGUACCUCGCUGCUACAACUCAUUAGUCAGGAGAUGGACGCGCAACGACGUGGCUCUGCUUUGGCACGUACCUCGCUGCUACAACUCAUUAGUCAGGAGAUGGACGCGCAACGACGUGGCUCUGCUUUGGCACGUACCUCGCUGCUACAACUCAUUAGUUAGGAGAUGGACGCGCAACGACGUGGCUCUGCUUUGGCACGUACCUCGCUGCUACAACUCAUUAGUUAGGAGAUUGACGCGCAACGACGUGGCUCUGCUUUGGCACGUACCUCGCUGCUACAACUCAUUAGUCAGGAGAUGGACGCGCAACGACGUGGCUCUGCUUUGGCACGUACCUCACUGCUACAACUCAGUAGUCAGGAGAUGGACUCGCAUUGAUGUGGCUCUGCCGGGGCACCUACCUCGCUGCUACAACUCAUUAGUUAGGAGAUGGACGCGCAACGACGUGGCUCUGCCGGGGCACGGAACUCGCUGCUACAACUCAUUAGUCAGGAGAUGGACGCGCAACGACGUGGCUCUGCUUUGGCACGUACCUCGCUGCUACAACUCAUUAGUCAGGAGAUGGAUGCGCAACGAUUUGGCUCUGCCUUUGCACGUACCUCGCUGCUACAACUCAUUAGUCAGGAGAUGGACGGGCAACGAUGUGGCUCUGCCGGGGCACGUACUUCGCUGCUCCUGUUGGCCCUUUCAGAUUUUUGUCCGCUCUUACAGAAAGGUUUGGGCUCCUGGUGAUGAUUUUCCCCAGACUGCUCUCAAAGGUUCUCAUGUUGCCUAAUUGACUCCCAGUGAGAGUAAAAAUACUAUCAAGGCGAAGCCUCUGCUGGUAGUGAUUAAUGGAGUUGUUCAUGACUGAGCACUCGAACUAAGAAAUAAUACAUAAUGGUGGAGUUUUAAUCAUCGUCAUCUGCCUGCAACGCCUGCUUCCACAAAGGGAGCAAAAUACAUGACAAAUCUACCCUCUGUGUCAGAUUCUGAAAGUCUUUCUAGUACCAAUGGUGCUAGAAAGUAUGGUCGCCCUUGAAACUUUAUAUUGGUUUUAAGAACUUUAGGCAGUCAAGUAUCUAAAUGGGUACUGGUUUUUUGUGUAUGAAAUUUUACUAAGGCAGAGUCAGACACUGUACUACAUCGUCAAAUUGCACUGAUUUGAUGAUAACAUCCUUAAUUUUCUGGAUCUAAUAUUUUAUUUUAAUUUAUCUCCAAAAGCGGUUACUCCCAAGAAUAACACCGACGCUCAAUCUACGUCCUCCAUAUUUAACGCCUGCCUUCAAGCAUGUUCCCUGCACACUCACAGGUACGUGGUUCAAGUUUUUCACUUUAUCUUAAAUGGAUUUAACGCUUAAGUGUGUUUCUUGACACAUCUGCCCUGUUAAGUUUUCCAAAUAGGACAUCAUGCUGCUAUUUUAUCUCUCUCUACAAUUUUCCUCUUGUUUGUCCUGCCAUCGGUCUAGUGUCAUGGAACUGCACGGCUGUCAUCGGGAAUGUCUGUUCGACCCGUUCAAGUAUCCGGUGCUGCCCGAAGGAAAUGACCCCGAAAACAUACCCGUGCCGAUGCCAUUAGAAAAUGGCACGUUGUUGACGAGUCCAGGUGAUAGUGAAUUCGGACAGGUCGUACCCGGAAACGAAGUCGGACAGAAUUUUCUGGAAGGAAACAGAUAUUUGGAUGUACCGACAGGCGAAGGCGGUUCUCAGUUUUUGGAAUAUGUGCCCGAGGAAGUACAAGAAGGGUGUUGUGCGUGGGGUCCCACACUCGACGAUUGGGGACCACCGAGUUGAUGUAACCAAUCAUGAGGGGAAAUAAAAAGUUAAUGAAUUACUUCAAA